AUUCCCUCGGCGGGCUGAGCCGCCCCUCUCUCCCGCCCUCCUCCUCGCUUUCCCACCCCUCGCAGUGGAGCUGCACGUGCGGCUGCUCCCUGCUCCGUCCCGCCCAGCCACAGUCGCUCAGGAACGGGUCCCUGCAGCCCUUGGCGGAUGGCAGGACGGUAGCUGCCUGUCAGAGGUCGUGAACGGCUGAGGCAGACGCAGCGGCUCACGGGCCUCAAAAAGUAGGUGUCUCCGGAGGCCAUGGGCUACCCCGAGGUGGAACGCAGGGAAUCCCUGCCCACAGCAGCGCCACAGGAGCGAGAGAGUCACGGCUGCGGCUGUCGCCGGGCCCCUGCCCGGGCGGGUGAAGGGAACAGCUGCCGGCUCUUCCUGGGAUUCUUUGGCCUCUCACUGGCCCUCCACCUGCUGACGUUGUGCUGCUACCUAGAGUUGCGCUCUGAGUUGCGGCGGGAACGGGGAGCCGAGUCGCGCCUAAGCGGCCCGGGCACCCCUAGUACCUCUGGCACCCUGAGCAGUCCAGGUGGUCUUGACCCUGAAGCUCCCAUCAUCCGCCACCUUGGGCAACCGUCAACUCAGCAGCAGCCGUUGGAACCGGGAGAAGCCACACUCCUCCCUGACUCCCAGGACCAGCACCAGAUGGCUCUACUGAAUUUCUUCUUCUCUGAUGAAAAGUUAUACUCUGAAGAGGAAAGUAAGCGUGUUCGCCGCAAUAAAAGAAGCAAAAGCAGCGAAGGAGCAGAUGGUCCGGUUAAAAACAAGAAAAAGGGAAAGAAGGCAGGGCCUCCUGGGCCCAAUGGCCCCCCAGGACCUCCAGGACCCCCAGGACCACAGGGACCCCCAGGGAUUCCAGGGAUUCCUGGAAUUCCAGGAACAACUGUCAUGGGACCACCCGGUCCUCCAGGUCCUCCUGGUCCUCAAGGACCCCCUGGCCUCCAGGGACCUUCUGGUGCUACUGAUAAAGCUGGAACUCGAGAAAAUCAGCCAGCUGUGGUGCAUCUACAGGGCCAAGGGUCAGCAAUUCAAGUCAAGAAUGAUCUUUCAGGUGGAGUGCUCAAUGACUGGUCUCGCAUCACUAUGAACCCCAAGGUGUUUAAGCUACAUCCCCGCAGUGGGGAGCUGGAGGUACUGGUGGACGGCACCUACUUCAUCUAUAGUCAGGUAGAAGUAUACUACAUCAACUUCACUGACUUCGCCAGCUAUGAGGUGGUAGUGGAUGAGAAGCCCUUCCUGCAGUGCACCCGCAGCAUCGAGACGGGCAAGACCAACUACAAUACAUGCUACACUGCGGGCGUCUGCCUCCUCAAGGCCCGGCAGAAGAUUGCCGUGAAGAUGGUACAUGCUGACAUCUCCAUCAACAUGAGCAAACAUACCACCUUCUUUGGGGCCAUCAGGCUGGGUGAAGCCCCUGCAUCCUAGAUUCCCCCCAUUUUGCCCCUGCCCAAGCCCCUGCCCCAAAUUUGGGAGCUGGGACUCCCAGAACCUCUAAGUGCUGCUGUGGAGUGAGGUAUAUUUGUGUUGCAGCCACAGAGAGAAAUGCCCCAGUGAUAUUUAUUCCCUAGUGACUCCAGGAUGCCUGCUUGACUUUCCAGAAUGACCUUGGGUUAACAGAACAGUUGAGCUCCAGGGUUUACAUGAAGCAGAACCUUCUUUGGCUCAUGUUGACUGUCUUAUGGCAUGACUUUUCAACCCCAAGGUCCCUGUUUUCAGAUUUAUCAUUUGUUGCACUAAAAUGAAGAUCCAGGGCAGCAGGCCAAAAAAAGCAAAGGUGUACUCCAGACUCUGAGGGGAGAAAUCUGACCCCAAGGGGGCUGCUGCUCCCUUCUUGGGUGGGGGUGGUGGCAGGAGUAGAGUGGGAAGAGAGCAUUGCAGCCUAAGGAGAGGUCCAAGGAGGGGGAAGGCACGUGCUUAUGGCAGAGACCAUGGGACAAACCUGCCACAAGGAUACCCUCAGUAGUAGGAGCGUUCCUGCUGUUCCACACUGUGGCCUGCAAGAGGGUCAGAGAGCUCUUCCCACUCAGGCUGAGAGCCUCACUAUGGCAGUUUGCUGGGCUCUGGGAAAGGAAGGCUUGCUAUGCCUUGGAUCAAUUGCAGAGAAUGGCCACAAGCCUGCAUGCACGAGAACCGGAAUCUGUAGUUGGGGCCACAUGUCUCUCACUUUGUUUACAAUUAUGCUCUGUGCUCAGAAAACUCCCUGAGGUGGCCUCCUCAUUGCCCACUUCCCAACCUGACUAGAAUUCCUGUCUUGUUUCUCCACAGAGACUACCUCUGUCUGAGACAGGUGCCUAACCUGGGACCUGUGCUUGUGUGAGUCUGGGACUUGUGUGACUCUGGGAUGUUCUUUAGCUUACCUGGGCACAAAGAGAAUUUUCCAUGUAUUAAAGCAGCACAAAUGUUAUUCAUCUAAUCCUAAUCAAAUUGUGUCUGUAGACCGGGUGACCUCCAGAAGUCCCUUCAAGUUCUACUGUUUCAGACUCUUAACAGGAAGCCACCAUGAUAGCCUUCUAAAUUCCCUAGCCCUCAACUGCCCCUAAGCGUCAGCAAGGCAGAGCCUCUCUACCUGGCCUGGAAAGAACAAGAGGCAGGGAGAGGACAGACAGGUUAUGUUCAAGUUUGCUGCAACCCAAAUGGCCAUUCGUCUAGGCCUUCUGAAAGAAUAGCAGCCCCUGCCCUGUUGACCCAGUCUUCAGAAACCACAGCAGAGCAUAGCCAUCACAGAUGCCAGGCUCAGGAGAAAUCAGUGUCAAGUCAACAUCUAGGCAUUGGGCAGGCGUCUGUCCCCUAGUUCACGUCCAAAGGCAUAUUUCCUCUAACCCCAAGCUUCCCACCUGACCAUAAGAUAGGACCAUUCAAGGGUCUCCUUAUUUGUAACAGCCUGGGCCCAGCUGGCUUCUGGGUUCCAGGUCCAGCCCAAAACUGGAAUGGCCACCCUUGUACAGUCUACACCUCUUGCUCCUGAAAGGAAUUUUCUUUUCAGGAAAUGGAGAAUAAGUUCCUUCAGGCAGCUGAAAUCUACCAAGAACUACAGGUACUUAUUUCUUAGCUGUGCCUUCUCUUUCUAAGUAAUCACACUACUGGGACCUUCUAGGGCCAGGGCAACAGGUGGUAGGGUGGGCCUCCAUUGUCUAGUUGCUGAUGACUGCUUUGCAACCCAAGGUGAGGCAAACUUCAGGCAUGUGUCUGGUCCCAACUCCUAUAAAGUGCCUUGGAUAGUGUGUAGUUGUAGCAAGAACCAAUAGGAACCUCUCCCUAAAGUUUGGAAAGUACUUCCUCUUUUACUGUCAUCUUCGAAGAAGGCAGGGCAGAUAAUAUUACAAAUGCCAUUGUUUAGGUGCGGCUCAGAGAGGUUAAGUAUUUUGACCAAGAUCUCACCCAGUUUAAGUCAGACCUGGGUCUUCAGCCAGGUCUAAUUCCAAAGCUAUUAGGUUACACCACUGCAUCAGGUGGAAUUUAGAGUCUAGGGAGAACCAAUAAAAGUGGUAAUACAGAACCAAAAUCUUUGAGAAUCCUAGGGAGGAACCUAAAAAUGCCCAUUUUCAUCAUUUUAUGGCAAUGCCUCUUCUCUUGGCCACCAGGGAUUCUGUGACAACAGCCAUCAGCCUUAUAGCUCUUGUGUUCAGAAGGAUCUUCUUGGCACUAUGUAUAAGGAGCAGACCUCUGGGACCCUGCAAAUUGGUAGCCCUCAUGUUCUUUCCUCCAUCCAAGGAACCAGCCAACCAUCAUAUGUGGAGCCCCUGCUGUAGGCAAGGUCCUCCUUUUGUUAUCCUACUAACAGCUUAAGGAGCCACCCCACUGCCCAUAGGUACUAAGUCUUACCCCUUAUCUCUCUCUACCAUACCACAGAGACCUUGCCAUUCCUAGGGUCUCUCAGGGAUGGAGGGAAGACCCAAGACUUAUUCUAAGACCAAAUGGUGUGAAGAGAGAGGAGAAAAAGUCUUCCUAAUUGUGCCUCUAAAGGGCAUUCUGAUACCCAUUCUAUUCUCCAGACAUGGACGAAUUAUAGGAGAAACAGGACUGCCACCAGACCUGCUAUUCAUUCUGAAUCCCACCUAAAGGAACCUUAGAGUGGGGGGAUGGAGGGAGCAAUAGGUAGCUAGGGAAGUGAUUUACCAAUAAGAGAAUGUGGGAAUAGAUUUACAAUUGGGAAUUAUGCUGAUGUGAGUUUACCGGAGAGCCAAAGCUAGGGUGAAGAAUGAGACAAGGACAUUUGUGGCCAAGCAAAUGACAGAGAUGUGAAGGAGAAUUGCAUGGCAGAGGCCUCUUCCAGCUGCUUGGGCAUCAGUAGCCAAGCUGGUACAAAAGGCAGCAGUCAGAGGCUGCUCAACCUAGAGCACACUUACCUAGAAAAGUAGUGUUUGCCUUAUUUCACCUUUCAUCCAUCCUGAGACAAUUUCUUUUUUGAAUAGGAAAGGGCUAGAAACCAUGGAAGUAAACAAAUACUUUGACCCACACAUGAGUGUGUGUUUAACGUAACUUUUGGUGGACACAAAUACAGUGUAACAGAUUCAGAGAAAUUUCCAGCUAAAAAGGCCCUUAGAGGAAUCCAGCCCAACUUACAUUCCACCCCAUGUUACUCAUGUGGAAAUUGAAGCCCAGAGACUAAAGGUGACCUACCCAAAGUGGUGAGCAAACCCUGACUCCAGACUCAGCACAGUGAGGGGUAUAGCAGUCCCUGUCCUACACGGCCCUCUUCUUUAUUCCACCCACAGACUCCAGACUGGAAAUGUGUGGCUGUGUGCAGGACCCGGCCAGGCAGAGAGAGGGAAACUACAGCCUUAAUCAGAACUCCUCCUCCCCAGGCAUUCUCCCAUCACUUCCCUCAGGAUUGGAAGGUUCUAGACUGGCUAAGUACCAGGAAGUCCUUAGGCUACUCUAAUGCUGCCUCAUGCCUCAUCCCUGCCUGGAGUCAUCCCUAGGCCCCAUGAGCACAAAGAAGGAACCUGAUUUUUUCUUGUAACCCAUUUUAGGGCUCUCUCCAGGAGGAGUUAGGGUGUGUCACUUCUUUAUUCCUUCAGCUGGAAUGGGGAGUGGGCUUUGUUAUGAGAAUGGCCUAGAGCCAGCCCAAUGCUGCUUUUGGAGGCCAGCAACCAGUGUGAGAUACUGUGUAUAUAAACUAUAUAUAAUGUAUAUAAACUGGGAUGUAAGUUUGUGUAAAUUAAUGGUUUAUCCUUUGCAAAUAAAGUGCUUUUUCCCC